AUGGCAACCUCCUCCGACAAGCCCCCGCCAGCUCCUUCACCGACCUCCGUCAAGCCCGAGACGCCGGGAUCCGCCACUCCACGUCAAACCCAACCGAGCCCGAGCGCCGACGCUAAUGUCAUCCUCGUCCCCAGCUACUCCAGCUGGUUCUCGCCGGACCAUAUCCACCACUGCGAGGUCCGGUUCCUCCCGGAGUUCUUCGACUCUCGCUCUCCGUCCAAAAACCCUAGCCUUUACAAGUACUACCGCAACACCAUCGUCAAGCACUCCAGAGCUGUAAACCCUUCUCGGAAGCUCACCUUCACCGAGGCCCGCAAGGCUCUCGUUGGCGACGUCGGCUCCGUUCGGAGGGUUUUUGAUUUCCUCGAGGCCUGGGGUUUGAUCAAUUACACUCCUUCCGCGCUCAACAAGCCCCUUCGGUGGGAGGACAAGGACAGCAAGGCCGCCGCCGCCGCCGCCGCCUCUCAUGGCGGCGCUGAAUCCCCCUCCGGCGGUCCCAAGGACUCUGCUUCCGCUCCCAACAAGGAGAGCCCCAAGAAGAGGACUUGCAAUGGCUGCAAGUCUCUUUGUAGCAUUGCCUGCUUCGUUUCUGAAAAGUAUGAUAUGACGCUGUGCGCAAGGUGCUAUGUUCGUGGGAACUAUCAGAUUGGUGUGAGUUCUUCAGAUUUCAGGCGGGUUGAGAUCAAUGAAGAGAUGGGGAAUGGCUGGGCUGAUAAGGAUACUCUGCAUCUCUUAGAAGGCCUCAUGCAUUAUGGUGAUGAUUGGAGGAAGGUUGCACAGCAUGUUGGUAGAAGUGAGAAGGAAUGUGUUGCUCAUUUUCUCAAGAUUCCUUUCGGUGAGGAAUUGAAUGGAGAUUUGGAUUCUGGGAAUUUGGAUCACAAGCCUAGUAGUGCAUUGCAGGACAAUGCAGGUGAUGCCGAAUUUGAAAUGGAGGGUAAUGGUGAUGGUACAACGCCGUCUCUAGGUAAACGAAUGCGUCUCACACCUCUUGCAGAUGCGAGCAACCCAAUUAUGGCUCAGACGGCCUUUCUGUCAGCGUUGGCGGGCGUAAAGGUUGCAGAAGCUGCUGCUUGUGCCGCUGUAACUACGCUGUGUGAGGCGGAUUAUGAGACAAGUAGAAUGAGUGCUGGAUUUCGGGCUUCGAAUGCAAAACAGCAUGAAACUGAUGCUGCAUUGAAUGGAGAUACCAAGACGGACACCAACCUAGAUGCACUGGGGGCAAAUUUUGUAGAUGCAAAUUCACAGCUUGAGAAGGAAGGGCUGGAUGUGGGAAGAGCACUUUCUGGGAUUACAGGGGUGCAGAUGAAAGAGAUCCAAGGGAAGAUUGAUCGUUUUGAGGCGUUGGAUUUGCAGAUGGAGAAAGAAUGGGAACAACUGGAGCAAAUGAGAAACAUGCUCUUUGUUGACCAGAUGACGCUUUUAAUUCAUCAAAGUUCUGCACCAAACACUGCAGAACGGAUGCAAGAGAAGAAUGUCAUAAUAGAUUGA